GUGUCACUCCGCCGCUCGCGUCCGCGGUGUCGCGGCGUUUGGAUCUCUCCCCCAUCCCACCCAUCCAUCAAUCCCAUCCCACUCCAUCCACCCAUCCCAUCCCAUCCCUCCCACUCCACGUGGCACGAGCGACUCGUCGGAUUCAGAUGGCUGGUCGUCCAGAGCGGCUGGGUCAGGCCGAGCGCGAGGCAGCGCUGCCCGAGUUAACCGCCUCGGGCUGGCUCGUGCAGGCCUCCAGGGAUGCCCUCCACAAGGAGUUUCUCUUCAAAGAUUUCAACCAGGCAUUUGGAUUCAUGUCGCGGGUCGCUCUUCAAGCAGAGAAAAUGGACCAUCAUCCCGAGUGGUUUAACGUUUACAACAAGGUGCAGAUCACUCUCAGCACUCACGACUGCGGGGGGCUCUCGGAGAGGGACGUACGCCUCGCCCGGUUCAUAGACAAAGCCGCAGCCUCAAUUUAAGCGUGACCCGGCCCUUCGGCCUUGUCUGUCCGGUGGUCGCCGAGCUGCAUUGGCUUACGGUUACCGAACGGAUAUGUUAUGAGGUCGCACUCAUUACACACAAAGUGCUUGCCACGAAUGAAUCACAACACCUUGCUGAUCUUGUCAAGGAGCAUGAAUCCUCACGUGAACUCUCACGGUCAUCCUCGCAGCAGCGGCUUUUGGCUGACCAUCGAACAAAGACAGUCGCUGCUGUCCGCGUGCUUCCAGAUGCGCUUCUGCAGCCGUCUGGAACGAUCUUCCUUCCAAUGUUAGGAAGCCACUGGAGCUAUCCACUUUUAAACCUUGAUUGAAAACUAAUUUCUUUAAAAUGGCUUUUUGUGUUUAGCUUGUUGUCCUUGCCACGCACCUCCAAUUAGCACGAUUGGCUAUGUAAGGUGCGAAAGAAAUUCAACGUACGUACAUACACACACGGUACUCACACCAAGGUCCGCACCAGAUGAGACGCGGGAAAAUGCUGAGCCCUCACGGUGGAGAUCGAGGCCAUCUCAUCCGCUGCCACCGAUGCCGCCGCAUCUUACCAUCGCUUCUUUCCACCUGCCGAAUGCCACGUACCCGUUAGUCGACACAUCGUCGACCAAGAUUUUUCACGUACGGUUGUCUGCAUUUUUCAUUUGAUGAGAAUUUGCGCUGUGUGGAAAGUGUGAAAGAUAUACCAAAUAAACAUUUCUCAUCGUGUGCAA